CCGUCUUCGUCUUCUUUUUUUUCAGAUCAUGUCACAAUUAGAAAAGGAUACUGCACUUGCUAUUGAACUACAACAACAAUUAGAUACGCAAGAGAUCCCUUAUGCGGUUGAACCAAGAUUGGAUUGUCCCCAUCUUCCCAUAACAACCAAAGAGCAAUCUGUUUUCCUAGAUCAACCUUGUCAGCAAUGCAAUGACGAGACAGAAAACUGGCAAUGUCUUACGUGUAAUAUUGUUUUAUGUUCCAGAUAUAGACAAGCACAUAUGCAAGCACACGUUGGUUCCUCUCGACAUCCUGUAUGCUUAAGUUAUUCCGACUUAUCCUUUUGGUGUUUUGAUUGUGAUAGUUAUGUUACUCAUCCGGUACUUGAUGAUAUCAAACACACUGCUUAUAUUGCCAAAUUCCACCAAGAACCACCGAAGUUUACUACAAGAAUUGUUCAAGAGCAAGGUCAAUCAUCGUCUUCUUCCUAGAUUAUUCAUCAUCCUGUUAUUAUUUCCCAGUGUAGGUAGUUUUGUAUUUACAAUAAACUUUAUUGAUUGUCUUUUGUUGAUUUCAAA